AUGCAGAGCACAGUGAAGAGCCUGAAAGUUACUUACAACGAUGUCAGGGAAAAUGGUACGUUUACGAACGGCGACACUCUGAAUGGACAAGUCAUUUUGGAAGUCACCAAAGACUGCAAAGUGGAAUCGCUUUACGUCAAAUUUAAGGCUAAAGCCGAAGUGAUGUGGAGUGAGAGACACUACAAACAUACUUAUACUUACUACGACAAGAAGAAGUACUUCAGCCUCAAACAUUACUUUAUCCGGGAUGGAAACGAAACCGAUGGAAAUCAACUGUUGAAUGAAAAUGGCAAAACAUACAGUGAUUUACUUCCUCCAGGAUCUCAUGUCUUCCCCUUCACCUUUCAAGUCCCUUUGCAAGAAAUACCGUCCUCCUUCAGUGGUUCGGUUGGUGAAAUUGUGUACCAGCUCGAGACCAAGCUGUGUAGAUCCAUGAGGUUCAGAACAAAAGAAACCCUCAAGAUUCCCUUUGUGGCAACAGUUGCCCCCGACACGUUGGCACAACUAAUGAUGACACCUCAACAGGAUUUUAAGGAUAAAAACAUGCAUGUGUUCAGCUCGGGAGCUGUGGCCAUGGAUGUCAAGAUUGAAAAAUCUGGUGUCUUCCAAGGAGAGGCUUUGCAGAUUUCAGGCUCCAUUCAGAACAACUCCUCUCGUGAUAUCACACCUAAGUACUGCAUUUACAGUAAGCACAGCUUCUUUGCAAGGGGGAAGAGAAAGCUUGAUACUAAAGACCUCUUGAAAGAGGUGGGAGAGCCUAUCCCUCCAUCAGCCAGUGUAACAAUCAAUAAGGUCAUCACAGUUCCCCCGUAUGUGAAACCCUCCAUCCUCAACUGUGAAAUCAUCAAACUGGAGUACAGACUCAGGGUGUAUUUGGAUGUAAAGUAUUCUUCAGACCCAGAGGUCAAAUUUCCCAUUACCAUUCUUCCAGGCUUCCAGGCAUCUGCCAUGGCAGCAAACAUGCCUUCCACUUCUACUGGAUUUGAAUUUGCAUCACAUGGAUACCAAAACCCACCGGCCUUUGAUACUUUUUCAACACCACAACCGUUCAAUCCCCCACCUUCUUAUGGAGGUCAUGGAAUGUACCCUUCUUUGAUGGAUUUUGGUAGCAAACAGUGA